AUGUCCUCUCCAAGACUGCAGCUCUUAGCAGGACUGCUCCUGCUGUCUUCUCUCCUCGAUGUGCAUGGAGCUCCUGAUGUGCAUGAGGUGGAGGAUGAGAUCAAUGAGAAUCCUUACCUUAAUCUUGGAGCUAAGACUAAACAUCAGCUGAUAGAAGGAGAUAUCGCUGUACCACUUGGCCGCAAUGCUUUGAUGAAUACAACAUACAGGUGGAAGUUUCCAAUCCCAUACAUCCUGACUGAUGAACUUGACCUGAAUGCCAAAGGAUGCAUCAUGCAGGCAUUUGAGAUGUACAGGCUCAAAUCAUGUGUGGACUUCAAGCCUUACGAAGGGGAAAAGAGUUAUAUCAGAUUCAUCAAGCAAAAUGGCUGCUGGUCCAUGGUGGGUAACCAGCAGACUGGUCAGGAAUUGUCCCUGGGCUCCGGCUGUGACCACAAGGCUGUGAUCGAGCACGAGCUGCUCCACGCCAUCGGCUUCUACCACGAGCAGUCCCGCCAGGACAGAGACGACUACGUCCAAAUACACCUUGACCAAGUCAUUGAUGGACUUGGCCAUAACUUCAACAAGUAUGAUGACAGCUUUGUCACCGACCAGAACACAGCUUACGACUAUGAGUCCGUCAUGCACUAUCGGCCUUUCUCCUUCAACAAGGACCCCGAGAUCCCCACCAUCACCACCAAAAUCCCUGAGUUCUACAACAUCAUCGGCCAGUACCUGGACUUCAGCGCCAUGGACGUGCUCCGCAUGAACAGGAUGUAUAACUGUUCAUCCACCCUGACUCUGCUGGACCAGUGCUCCUUCGAGUACACCAACAUCUGUGGCAUGAUCCAGAGCUCCACGGACGACACCGACUGGAUCCACACCCUGAGCUCACCUGGCUCUGAGGACCACACCGUCAGUGGACAAUGCAGAGAUUCUGGAUACUUCAUGCAUGUGGACACUGCCACUGGAAAGGCAGAGGAGUCGGCCCUGCUUCAGUCCCGGAUCGUCUACCCCAAGAGGACGCAGCAGUGCCUGCAGUUCUUCUACAAGAUGACCGGCAGCGCCAAGGACCGGCUGGCCGUCUGGGUCAAGAUGGACGAUGGCACUGGGAACGUGCGCAAGUUGAAGAAAAUGCACACAUUCCAUGCCGAUGACGACCACACUUGGAAGAUUGCACACGUGCCCCUGGAGGUGGACGUGAAGUUCCGCUACGCCUUCCAGGGCGUGAGGGGAGACCCCGCGCAGGGCGGCGGCAUCUUCAUCGAUGACAUCUCCCUGACGGAGACACGCUGCCCAGCCGGUGUCUGGCGCAUCCAGAACUUCUCCAAGAUCAUGCAGGAGGCUGAUGACACCACCAUCAUAGACAGCCCACGCUUCUACAGCCCCGAGGGCUAUGCCUACGGCGUGCGCGUCAAGCCUCGCUCGGGCUACACCGACUACACGGGGAACUACACGGGCCUCUACUUCCACCUGCUCAGCGGCGACAACGACGUCGUGAUGCAGUGGCCCGCCCUCCACCGCCAGGCCACCCUCGUGGUGAUGGACCAAGACCCCGAUGUCCUGAAGCGCAUGUCCACGGCGCGCAGCCUGACCACCGACAACGCCACCAUAACGGAGGGAAAACUGUGGUGGGACAACCCAUCAAAGGUGGGCACCUGGGACGACACGAACAAGUGGUAUCGCAGCGAGUCAAAGGGCUGGCGAAACAUGGUGAAGCACUUCGACCUGAACCGCCGAAACUACCUGAAGAACGAUGACCUCAUCAUCUUUGUGGACUUUGAGGAUUUAACAACUCUUAUAAAAACGGAAGUACCCGUUGUUGAACAUAAGUGAUGUAAGAGCGAGGCUACAGUGCAGAGGAACAAUGAACAGUCUUGUUGGGAUUAUAAUAUAAGGUGACCUGCUUCAGGUUCUACAGUACAAGUCUGACAAUUCAGCCUUCUAAUAAUGUGUGUUUUCUAUGAUGCCAAUAAAUGUUAAUACCUCCA